CUGCCCAGGAUUACGUCGGCUCAUAUCUUGUUGAAAAGCACAAACAGACAUCACAUUACAUACUGUAGGCUGAAAGCAGACGCAGAAAUGUCUCCGUCCUUCCUUGCAAGAACAACAAACUGGUUCAAGAUGGCUUGGGUAGAGCAACCAAUCAUCUUUGUGUCUUUAGUAAUGGGAUUUGCAAGUCCAGCCAUUGUUUAUCUCAGUCCUUGGACUAAAGACUCUAUUAAAGCUAUGCAGGCCAUUCCUAAUUCCUACCCAUAUCCACAGUUACAAGAUGCUGACAAGGAAUAAUCUACAGGAUCGAGGAAGAGAUGCUUUGUAUUUCAUUGUACAUUAUCAGACUUCUACUAUUGUGGGAAACCCUAAAGAAAAAUGUAAUACUCUGCUAUUUUUCACCAUUGCUGAGGUGAUGUGUAAGAAACAGUUCAUUAAUUAAAUACCAGAUUUUAA